GGUGCGCGCGCUCCCUCACGCACGCGCGCACGGAGGGGGCGACGGCCGCGGUGACGCUGCUGCGGCGGCGGGCCGGCGGCGGCGCGUGAGGCGCGCGAUUCCCCGUGUCUUGGGAGCAGUGUCCUGGCCCCCGCCGUUCCCGCCGCCGCCAUGUCGGGCCGGUCGGUCCGGGCCGAGACCCGCAGCCGGGCCAAGGAUGACAUCAAGAAGGUGAUGGCGGCCAUCGAGAAAGUGCGGAAAUGGGAGAAAAAAUGGGUGACUGUGGGUGACACAUCCCUUAGGAUAUUUAAGUGGGUUCCUGUGACAGACAGCAAGGAGAAAGAAAAAUCAAAGUCGAACAGUUCAGCAGCCCGGGAACCUAAUGGCUUUCCUUCUGAUGCCUCAGCCAAUUCCUCUCUCCUCCUCGAGUUCCAGGACGAAAACAGCAACCAGAGUUCUGUGUCCGAUGUCUAUCAACUCAAGGUGGAUAGCAGCACCAACUCGAGCCCAAGUCCGCAGCAGAGCGAGUCCCUGAGUCCAGCACACACCUCUGACUUCCGCACUGACGACUCCCAGCCCCCUACUCUGGGCCAGGAGAUCCUCGAGGAGCCCUCCCUGCCUGCCUCCGAAGUUGCCGAUGAACCUCCCACCCUCACGAAGGAAGAGCCAGUCCCACUAGAGACGCAGAUCGCGGAGGCAGAGGAAGGCUCGAGCGCCCCGCCCCUGAAGCGCUUCUGUGUGGACCGGCCCCCGGUGCCGCAGACAGCCUCCGAAAGCUAGCACGACUCGGCGCCCUGCCUCCUGGCCCCUGCCUCUAUUUAUUAUUGCAUUCUGGUUCUGGCCAUGCUGUGUUGCUGGGGUAAGGGCAAGCCCGGGGUCCGGAGUCUGCACUUGGGAGCCUCAGGGCUGGAAGGCCAGCAUAGGACUGGGGGUCGCAGCACCAUCUUCCCGUCCCUGGCACCUGUGUCUGUUUGCUCUGAGAAGAGGAGCAUUCUUGUCGUUUUGCACCCCAAGUAGGCUGGAGCAUCAGCCAUCCAAGGUUCAUCUGUCACCUCGAGGUAGCGUUUUCUGCUCCAGAACCUCUGGACUGAGCUGCUGGCGCUUCUGUGAGGAGAAAGAGAUGUGGAAGGCACCCUCUGGAGAGGAGAAUGCCUAAGGUUACUUGAACUUGAACGGAGACUGUAGAUUCAUGGACUUUCCCCCAGGCCUGGGGUCCUGUAGGCUGCUGUUGGAGAAGGACUGGGUAGAGACAUGGAGGGCAGGAAAGAGGAAGGGCUUUUCUCCACGUUGGGCAGAAGGUCUGUAUACAUUUCCUGCCUCUCCUGGGCUCUCUAGCUGCUGACAGUCCUGUGCCCCUCCAGAACCGUCCUCUGCCCCAACACGCACACGUGCGCACAACGCACACAGGCUCACAGCUUUGUGCCGUCUGUCCCAUCCCAGCAUCCCCUGCCUCCAGCCCACGCUCCGCCCGGCGAGGAUCUGCGGUCUGACAGCAGCACCCAGCCCUCAGUGCUUCAGCUCACACUUUCUAGGAAGCUCCCUUUUCUUUGAAAUCUGCAUGUUUAAUUGAACUUUGUGAUUUUAUUUUUUGUUUCCAAAAAGUUUAAGAAAAUGGAAAUGGGCAACAGCAAGUGAAGACAUAUUUUAGCACUGAAUAGAAUAUUUUUAAAAUUAAACUAUUUGAAAUACG